CCGCUCCUUACAAUUUUCAUCCUCCUGAAAAAGUUAUUAAUCUCUCGCGCUAAUCUCAGGCAGCUCACUCACUGCCUCUCUCACCAGAUCCAUCUCUCAGGUGCAUCACUUCAAAUAAACGCAUUUAUAUAUGCACAACAACGUACACGUAUACGCGAGAAAGUACUUUGAUUUAAUUGUGUUUUGAUUUGAGUUUUCUGGUGAGCGAUUUCUAAAUAGGGAUCAAAAGCUAGAAAAAGAAAUGGGGCUGACAUUCACAAAGCUAUUCAGCCGUCUUUUUGCCAAGAAGGAAAUGCGCAUUCUGAUGGUUGGUCUUGAUGCUGCUGGUAAGACUACAAUACUGUACAAGCUUAAGCUCGGAGAGAUCGUAACUACUAUUCCUACCAUUGGUUUUAACGUGGAGACUGUUGAGUACAAGAACAUCAGCUUCACGGUUUGGGAUGUCGGUGGUCAAGACAAGAUCCGUCCAUUGUGGAGGCACUACUUCCAAAACACCCAGGGGCUCAUAUUUGUGGUGGACAGCAAUGACAGGGAUCGUGUUGUGGAGGCAAGGGAUGAAUUGCACAGGAUGUUGAAUGAGGAUGAGCUGAGAGAUGCUGUAUUACUUGUAUUUGCGAACAAACAAGAUCUUCCCAAUGCAAUGAAUGCAGCUGAGAUAACUGACAAGCUCGGCCUGCACUCACUGAGGCAGCGUCACUGGUACAUCCAGAGCACUUGUGCUACAUCAGGAGAGGGGCUUUAUGAGGGUCUUGACUGGCUCUCUAACAACAUUGCUAACAAGGCAUAAAUUGUGAGUUGAUGCAUUGCCGGAUGCGAGCUGGAUCGUAUCUAGUCUUAUACCUAUAGUUUGUGUGUUUAUGAGUUUUACUUUUCGAGUCUUUUCGUUUUUGUUUAGGACUACUUGCGCUAUAUGACAGAGCUUCGUUUUACAUGAUUGCAAACAUAUGUUGUAGUUAUAUAAUGCUAUGAAAACCUUUUGUGAUUUUAAUUAAAAUUUUUUUUCUUUAA